AUGGCUUCUCGAGGUAGCCCCUUUGAGCCUCUGAUGCUCACGGACGACGAAGAGAAAGACUGCUACGAUCGCGCCUUUCAAUUGCUGGAGCGGACACUACGCAGUUAUGAUGAGCGAGAUGCUAAGAGCGAUCAAGGUCGCCUUCACCAUUCCAAACUGGACAGCCAUAAGUGGAAGCUACUGAAGACACAAGCGAAUGCGUCGAUGUACGUAUCACGUGGCGACACCACGUCGAAAGACGACGACAUCAGUGGGACGAUUCGAGGCGAGUUGGACGAAGUAAUGCUCGGCUUGAAAGCCAUCGAUGUCAACAGUAUCAGCUUCCGAACGGAGUUGCCUGGCAACCAUCCCGUCGACUGUGCUGUCUUGGCUGAACUACUAGGUGCAAAGGAAGUCGAUCCGUUCCGGUUCCUUGGCGUUACCUGGCUUAUGUACGAGAACAGUUGGCCGGUCAAGGCGAUUAUGCGGCCACGAGACCUCUUGACUCUGACAGCCACUGGAACUAUGACCCGUUCCAACGGUGACCGUAUCGGCUACGAAGUGGUACAGCCCGUGAGGUUCCCACAGUGUCCGCUUUUGUCCGGAGCGGUGCGCAACGACGUGAUGCAUGCUGCGAUCUUCAAGCAACAGGAGCCGGGCAUCGUGGACGUCUACAUCCCUACGUACGUGGAAAGCCAGAGUACGCUUCUUGAUAAAGUAGUCACAAGUGUCACGUGGAAAGCGACACUGGCAUUCUGGGACGCUCGCCGAAAUGAAGAAGUUGCAGUGGAGCAUCGCCAACUGCCGCAUGGAGCGUCAGAAACAGCAACAGUCGACAUCGUCUGCCUGCAAACGCUGCUCAGAACCGCCAACAUUCGGAGCGACGUUGAUGGCGCCGAGCGCCAAGAGGAGAUGACUGGGCGCACGCCAAAGUGA